CCGCUGGCUGCUGGAGUGAGAGAGGGCCCGUGCAGAAAAACAUCCUCAUAUGUGAUUUGGGAAGGGGGUUGACAGAAGAAAGGGAUGGUGUGUCUAUACUACUAGGCCUCUCUAUAAGGGUAGAGGGAUGGACAUCCAUCGCCGACAAUUCCACAUAUCCGCCAAAGUCUUGACGGACUGCACCUCAUUGCGAAUCCAAGUGCCGGACUGGAUGAAACAACUCGUUUAGCUCCCUCAUCCAUUUUUCCAACUUCAACUCUUUUUUUGUUGUUGUCAUCGUUUGGUUCAAAGUGCGUUGAAUUUUUGGGAUCGUGAAUUUUUAGUUUGUUUCGAAUUGAAAAAUGAGUUCUUCGUAUUUCGGUAACGUUGCGGCGGCUGCGGCGGCAGCGGGCGGAUGGGGGGCGACGACGGCCACGGCCAUGCCGCACCAUCACCACCACCACCAUCUGACCAAUCAAGAUCAUCACCAAUUCUACAAAUACGGUUACAGUGAAUCGUCGCAGUAUUAUGGCCACCACGGCCAGUACCAACACCACCACCACCACCAUCAACCGGUGGUCGUGGCGCCUUCUUCCGCCAACCCCAUCGCGACGGCCACACCUUCGCCGCCUUCGUUCAGGUACACGGGAACUUCGCACGGCAGUUAUCAGCCAGCGGCUCCAGUCAGUUUCCAGUGCAGCACAACUUUGGCUCCGGUGGCCAAACAUCAGAGCCUUGAAGCUUCCGGCUGUACCUCACCGGCUUCAUCUUCUUCCUCAUCUCUGUCGGCUUCGGCAUCACCUUCCCUGUCAUCCGCUUCGCCGGCUUCUCUUCACGAUCACACAACGGCCGGAGCGGGACCGUACGGAUUCACUCAAAAUCAACUGGGCUCCUUCAAUCCUCACCAGCGUCAAGCGCAAACUCUUCACCAGCAAAAUGCCCAGCAACUGGCCUCGACUAACGGGCCAAACGUCGGCACAUCCGCACUGAAUCCGCUUUUAGAAUCGUCGACGCCCAGUUGCAUCAACAACAACGUCAAUCCUUACACGGACCUCCGGGGAUUCCAGAACAACAACAACAACAACAACAGCAUCCAACAGCAGCCACAGAAUCACCAUCCCAUGAUGCAAACUCACGGAGGAUCUUACUGCAUCAAAAACCCAAACGCCUCCAGUUACUUUCCCGGAAGCUGGAUGCAAGCCUACGCAGAUGUCGUGCCGAACCCGAAGAGAACUCGCCAGACGUACACGCGCUACCAGACGCUGGAACUGGAGAAAGAGUUCCACUUCAAUCGGUACCUGACGCGGCGACGUCGCGUCGAGAUCGCCCACGCCCUUUGCCUGACUGAGCGACAGAUCAAAAUCUGGUUCCAGAAUCGGCGCAUGAAGGCCAAGAAGGAGACGACGACUCAGCACAAGCCGGAGACGAAUUUCGCCGUUUCGGCCAACAACUCGGAGCUGCUCAACGGCUACAGCAGCGGCAGCGCCGAUUCGUCGCCCAUGGACAUCAAGCACCUCCAGCAGCAGCAGCAGCAGCAGCCGCAUCAUCAGCAUCAGCAUCAGCAGAUGAUCCUGUCGGCCGCCGCCGCCGCCAUCGACGAGGAGGAGCACACCGUCUCCACGUCGACCCAUCAUGAAACUAUCAAUACCUGCAGCGGCGGCGUAUAGUCCGACAACCGGGGGGACCUCGCAGACGGUCUACAACAUAUCCCUUCGGAUUUUUACCUGAUCACGUCCAGACACUGAGUAAAUGGCCUUCUAAUAUAAAAAGGGCUUCUGCAAUCUCCCAUCUGCAAUCUCGGAGAUGGGCCACCCUAUCUCUCUUUCCCAAUGUGAACGUGUGUGUCUGUGCCAAAAAGCCAAAAAAAGAAAGAAAAAGGGGGUUUGAAUUUGAAAGACGGCGCGCACCCAGUACGCCACAGAAUCUUUCUAUUUGCUCAUGUUUGGGUUGGGAAAAAAAAAAAAAAACUUCUAGCGGUACUUGUGUUGUAGUAGUAGUAGUAGUAGUAGUAGUAAUAGUAGCUUACUAGUAGUGUACUCGAAGAGAAACAUGUGCACAGUUUCUUCUUUUGCCCAUUUUCAUCAGUCACACAACGUACUGAUUAUCUAUGGGCCGGUUGACAAAUGGAUUCCAACGGGCUCGUACUCUUUUUUUCAACCAGCCAAAUUUUCUUAAUGGCACAAGUAACAGCAAUUGCACACACACACACACACACACACACAACCACACAGCCUUUUUCAUUAUUCUUUCUUUGGCCAUAUGUUUGUGUAUGGUACACAGCACUGUAAAUAUAAGAGUCUUAUUCCCAGAGAGCAAGAAAGAAAGAAAAAGAUUUUUCGACACAUUUUGACACGGAGUUCCCUCUAUAACUCGCAAAAGAAGAAAAGGGUUUUCUUAUUCUUCUUAUACACUCUUUUUUGCCUUCCUUAUAUUUUUUAAAAAUAUCUUCCGUUUUUCCAUGAUCCGCCGUUUGUAUUUUCUUCUUCGAGGGGGUUCAAACAACAACAAACACGGCCAACAGCCCAGCAGCAGCAGCAGCAGGAGCAGGAGCACCCAGAGCAUUUUGACAAGAAGUCUCCCUAAUGUUUCUCCUAUUCGGCUGCUCUUCUUUUUUUUCUUUUCUUCUAUAUCCAGAAAGACAUUAAGCUAAUCCCAGGGCUUAUGUGGCGCACAUCAACACAAGAGCCAAAAGAAAAAGACAACCCCUUAGCUAGAUAUCCUUCCCGUGUGUCCCCUUGAAGGGGGAAAUAAAUAAAUAAUAACCGCUGACUUUUGCUGCCGUGAACGCCAUUUAUAUUUCUAACACCGCCUUUUGUACAGAAUAUCUAUUCGACCUUUUCACUUUAUUUUUCUCGAGAAAAUUUGGCUUUUUAUUUACCAACUUCUUUUGAUCUUGUCGAAAAAAGAAAAUACUUUCGACCCCGUAUUCUCCGUGCUCAAGUGUAUGUGUGUGGUCAAUCAUUUUUGUGGAAAUUUGAAAGAAAAUGAAUUCCCUUUCGUCAAAAAAAAAAAAAAAAAUUUUCGCAUUACACGCCGAAUUUUUCUUCUAGAAAUAAGUUGGUCCUGGUGUACACUUGAGGCAUUAUGGGAUUGUGCAGGGAUACGCUGUGAUAGGUCAGACGGCUUUUCCAACAUGGCGGCCUGACCCUCCUGUUAGAGCGAGGGCUUUUUAUAGGCCUAGACUCGAGCCUUGUACCUUAUUCAUUCAUCGUAAUAAUCCGCAUCCCAAAAUGCUAAUCGUUCCAUGAUUUUUUUUUUUUAAGUUAGGAGGCCACCAUCAGCGCUCACUGAUUUCUACUCAUACCGUAACUGGAGUUUGAGCAAAUAAAAAAAAAUUUUUUGCACGGAUAGUAAAAAUAGAUUCACAGGGGUAAAAGAAAAAGAUAUCAAAAACUAUACUGCAGUCUUUAUGGGCUUGACAGCCAAGCCGUCGGUAAAUGCCAAAAAAAUAAAGUAAAAUAA